UAGCACCAAUUAUUUAUCGUUAACAAUUCAUCAACAGUUAUGUUAUAAUAAUCAAGCAAUGUGAACUUAAAUCCUUAUACGAAGAUUCAUAUGCAAGAACAUUUGGAAUAUGUCCCUUGUUACCCCUUUCCCUGGCGCCGUCAUUGUAUGGAUACGGACUGUACAGUGCGCUGCAGAUUGCGUUGAAUUAGCUGUUUGGUGUUGCCCUCCCCACACGUUCCGUAUAACGGAACGAUAUUGCAGGAUCCUUUGUUUUCCUUCGCUGGGUAUCAAGAUCUGCUGCCUCCAGUCGGGCGAACAAAGGAGGGGAGAAGAGGCUGAUCCUUCCCACAAUCCUUCAGUCACUGGGCCUACUGAUCCGGACCACUGCUCUGCCUUCUCACUCCCCUCUCCCCCCCACCCUAAGGCAGGCAAGCUGUGGGGCAGUAGGAUCAGGGCAGCAGUAAGGGCUGAUUGAUGCUCUGUGGGGAUGAGACCUGGCUGCUGAAGGCCAGUGGAGACGGCUCCCAUUCUCCGCUCGCCUGGCUUUAUGUGCGUGUCUGCAGGCUGCCCUACGCGCAGCAGCAGCAGAGCCACCCCCCACGUCAGCCACGGUGGCCAGCCCGAGCCAUCCAGACAUGCCCACCGAGACCCUGCCGUCGCUGGCAGAUAGCAAACCCACCGGCCCUGGGGCAGCGUUUGUCUCCGCUGUCCCCCUGCGCAUACUCAACAAGGGACCCGAGUACUUCCGGCGCCAGGUGGAAACCAACCCUAAGCGGCUGAGCGCCGUGGAGCGGUUGGAGGCGGACAAGUCCAAGUACGUGAAGAGCCAGGAGGUCAUCAACGCCAAGCAGGAGCCUGUCAAGCCCCAGCUGCUGGCCAAGCCACCUGUCUGCCCCGCCGUGGCCAAGAGAGGGGCGAAUGGGGGCGGUUGUGGUGGGGUGGCCCUCAAGACAUUCAAUAACAACUCCAAGUCGGACACGUGCGCCACCACCAGCAAACGGGAGAACCUUAACCUGGAGAUCCUCAAGAACCUCCUGAACAGCUCCGGCUCGGUCUCUGAGGGCCACGCUAAGAGCGCUACUCUAAAACCUGGGGCCAGGAGCUUGGCCCCCCACCGCUCCACCCCCACACCCACCACAGACUGCACUGAGCCCACCAGCCUCCGUUCCGUCGCCAAGUCCCUCAAGGUGCCUCCGCCUGCACCUGGCCGACAGAGCCCCCAGGGGGGGAACCUGAACCUCAGCCGCCGGCUGCUGGAGGAGCGGGGCGAGGGCAAUCACUCACCCCUCCAUGCCUCCCACAGCUCCUCCGACAUCCGCAGGCUGUGCAACGGUAAGCCUCUAAGGGCGGCCCGAAGCAGCAGCAGCUCCGCACCUCCCUUACCCCCCAAGCCCAGUACCAAAGUCCUGGCCCCCCUCUGCGACAAUGCCCCUCAGUCCCCUGAGAGGGAGCCUCCGCCGCCCUCCUCUGCCACCCCAGAUGAGCAGCUAGAGUUGGGGAGCUCGUUGGCCCGCCGGCCCUCUCUGCACCGCUCCAAGUCGGACCUGAGCGACCGGUAUGCGCGGGCAGGCGCCGACGUGGAACGCUUCUUUAACUACUGUGGGCUGGACCCUGAGGAGCUGGAGAGCGUGGGCGUGGAGAGCUUUGCCCGCGCCAACUCCGACAUAAUCUCCCUCAACUUCCGCAGCGCUAGCAUGAUCAGCUCGGACUGUGACCAAUCACGGCAUAGCAACGAGGACAUGACGGACGAGGAGGAAGACGUGAGCGAACGCGUGCCGUACGGAAUCUCGGCCGUGGAACGAAACGCCCGCGUCAUCAAAUGGCUGUACAGCAUCAAACAGGCGCGCGAGUCGCAGAAAGUGUCUCAUGUCUAAAAGAGAAGGAAGAAACAAACUAUUAGAUGGUCCUUGCAACAAAACAAAACAAAAAAAGACUUCCGAUGGAAUGAAGGUCUUUGGACACUCUGAAUCUCUGAAUGUCAAAGUAUUGACUGGCAAGACGCCCUUGGAUGGAUCUUGCGGUCGCUAUUGCGUUCAGUGUUUGUUGUCCUCUGAAUCUGCAUGACUCCUCCCACCCACCCGUCACUGCGGCCUCCAGCUAAAGCAACAGGUUUAGGAAAAUAUUGCCUUUUUCAAGAUGGCAGCAGUUCAGUUCCGUCUCUUCGAGCAGUACAGCUCUCUCUCAUUGUUAUGCUUUCUGUCUGUUUAGACCAGCACAAUGACGCCAGCUCUUUUUAGAUGUCUUCUUAAUGUCCUUUCUUUCUGAACAACACUGAGCCUGGAAGCCAUACGGGUGUGAAUGCAGCGCUUCAGUGUGUAACCAGUCUUUAGUCUGAUAAUUCUGAGCUUUGAGUGUCUAUAGAAAAAAACUUCCUUGAAAAAAGGGCUGUGAAAGCAUGGUACAGUCCAAACCUGCUUCACCCCUUUGGUACCAGGAGAGUUUGUUUGGUACAUUCCAGACCCUGCCCCCUUCCCAGGGAAACCCCAUAUUUAUCCCCUUUUUCAGUGUUACUAUGGUGAUAGCAUUCAGGCAGCAUCAUGAAAUCAUUCAGCAUUACGUGGUUUUUGCUUCUGUUUAGUUUGUUGUCCAUAACAUUCUCAUUGGCAGUUUGAUUUUGUGGUACUUGCUUUUUUUAAAGAUAUGUGUAAAUGCUGUAAGAAAAUGUAUAUAAUUUCAAAACUGUUAGAUGUUUGUCAGAGGGCGCCUGUUAAGCUAACUUACUACAUUGUUCAGUCUUCUCUCUUGGCUUGACUGUGAGACUGUGUCAAACCCAGUUCAUGAUCAAAUUUUUACGACGUUAUGAUGACAUACACUACCGUUCAAAAGUUUGGGGUCACUUAGAAAUGUCCUGGUUUUUUGAAAGAAAAGCUUGUUUUUUUUGUACAUUAAAAUAACAUACAAUUGAUCAGAAAUACAGUGUAGACAUGGUUAAUGUUGUAAAUUACUAUUGUAGCUGGAAACGGCAGAUUUUUUACGAAAUAUCUACAUAGGCAUACAGAGGCCCAUUAUCAGCAACCAUCACUCCUGUGUUCCAAUGGCACGUUGUGUUAGUUAAUCCAAGUUUAUCAUUUUAAAAGGCUAAUUGAUCAUUAGGAAAUUGCAAUUGUUAGCACAGCUGAAAACUGGCCAUUAGACUAGUUGAGUAUCUGGAGCAUCCGCAAUUGUGGGUUAGAUUUUUGAAGAUCUCUUACUACUCCCUUCACAGAACAGCACAAACUGGUUCUAACCAGAAUAGAAAGGAGUGGGAGGCCCCGGUGCACAACUAAGCAAGAGGACAAGUACAUUAGUGUCUAGUUUGAGAAACAGAAGCCUCAAGUCCUCAACUAGCCUCUUCAUUAAAUAGUACCCAGAAAACACCAGUCAACAGUGAAGAGGCGACUCCGGGAUGCUGGCCUCGCAAAGACAAAGCCAUAUCUCAGACUGGCCAAUAAAAAUAAAAGAUUAAGAUGGGCAAAAGAACACAGACAUUGGACAGAGGAAUUCUGCCUAGAUGACCAGCAUCCCGGAGUCGCCUCUUCGCUGUUGACGUUGAGACUGGUGUUUUGCAGGUACUAUUUGAUGAAGCUGCCUUUUGAGGCGUCUGUUUCUCAAACUAGACACUAAUGUACUUGUCCUCUUGCUCAGUUGUGCACUGGGGCCUCCCACUCUUUUUAUUCUGGUUAGAGCCCGUUUGUGCUGUUCUGUGAAGGGAGUAGGACACAGCAUUGUACAAGAUCUUCAGUUUCUUGGCAAUUUCUCACAUGAAAUAGCCUUCAUUUCUCAGAACAAGAAUAGACUGAUGAGUUUCAGAAGAAAGUUCUUUGUUUCUAGCCAUUUUGAGCCUGUAAUCAAACCCACAAAGGCUGAUGCUCCAGAUACUCAACUAGUCUAAAGAAGGCCAGUUUUAAUGCUUCUUUAAAUUAACACAACAGUUUUCAAAGGAGUUUUCCUGUGAUCAAUUAGCCUUUUUAAAAUGAUAAACUAACACAAUGUGGCAUUGGAACACAGGAGUGAUGGUUUCUGAUAAUGGGCCUCUGUAUGCCUAUGUAGAUAUUCCAUUAAAAAUCAGCCUUUUCCAGCUACAAUAGUCAUUUACAACAUUAACAAUGUCUACACUGUAUUCCUGAUAAAUUUGAUGUUAUUUUAAUGGACAAGUGACCCCAAACUUUUGAACUGUAGUGUACAUGUUCAGUAUAUUGGAGUUGGAACUGUUUUGGUACUCAGUACUUCAAAAUGAAGGCAAUGAAUUGUGUUCACUUUCAUUUAUUUUGCAUUAUUUCAAUAAAUGGCUUGUUUUGCCGUCUACUUCGGAAA